AUACAAAAGAGUAGUAUAAACUCAAUUAUGCAACAUAAAUAAGACAACAUCUCUGUAUAUUAAAUAUGAACUGACCAACUAACGACAGCUUUGACACAAGGAAGGAAGUGCUGCUACGUCGUUAUUAUUGUUACUCUCCAAUGUAUUUGAUCUACGGAGUAAUUAUUAAUUUUCCAUUUUACAUUCAUUGUUGAAGUAGCUAAAAUGGGGAAAACAGGAAAGUGGUUCAAGAAUUUGCUGGUAGGAAAGAAGGACAAAGGCGAGAAGGAUCAGAAGAAGAGUAAUACUAAUAAUAAUCAGUUGUCUAAAGGUGAGAAGGAUCAGAAAAGUAAUACCAAUAAUGAGGUGUCUGUCGUUUCGACGGAUAAUCAUCUGAAUGGUACGACUACUCAGGUAGCGGUAGUGGUACCGAGACCGACAACUCCGAAGGAGAAGGAGAAGAAGAGAUGGAGUUUUAGAAGAUCGUCUGCUAGUAAUAACAGUAAUAAUAGUAAUAAUGUUAAUGCGGCUAAGGAUGUUGCUUCUGCUGAUGCUGUUAGUGUUGAGAAAUCUCAAGUUCCGCAGAUGGCCGUAAAUUUGGCGGGAGAGAUGCAGGAGGCUGAGGUUGAGGUUGAGGUUGAGGUUGAGGUGGAGGUGGAGGUAGAAGCCGAUGCAAUUGUUGCAGAAGAGAAUGUAACAGUGAUGGAUACACAAGUGGAAGAAGUGAUGAAUCCCCAGGCGGAUUUUAGUGAUUGUAAAGAAAAUGAAACCGCUGUUGAGGAUGAGGAGGCUGCUGCUGCUGCUGCUGCUGUCAAGAUUCAGUCUGUGUUUCGCUCGUAUCUGGCUAGAAAGGCUCUGAAGGCACUAAGAGGUUUGGUGAAGUUGCAGGCGUUGGUAAGGGGUCAUUUGGUAAGAAAGCAGGCAACAGCAACACUGAGAUGUAUGCAAGCGCUUAUCACGGCUCAAGCUCGAGCUCGAGCUCAAAGGAUCCGAUCAGGGGAUGACGGGACGCCCAUUAAUCAUAGACAGUCUACUAACCGACGAAAUAGCCAAGAGAAUUUCAAUCAUGACAUGGAGGAUAAUAUCAAGAUAGUAGAAAUGGAUCGCGGAGAUUUUAUAUCAAAUGUUGACAGCAGGGAUAGCUAUUCGAUAUCAAGCCAACAACAAAUUGAUGAUCGAAUGGACAAUAGAAUGUCUACAUAUUAUUCUAACCACAACCAGAAUGCAUACAUAAAGCAGCAGGACUAUCAGCAAUAUUCACCAGCUCCUUCAGCCAUCACCGAAUUGAGCCCAAGAACUUGCAGUGGCCACUUUGAGGAUUAUUGUUUCACCACUGCACAAAGCAGUCCGCAGUGCUACCCAUCAUCAAGGGCUCCUUUCUCAUUCCCCCAACCUGAUUUUGCAGAGACAAUGUCAUAUGAUUACCCUCUCUAUCCAAAUUACAUGGCAAAUACUCAAUCUUCUAAAGCUAAAGCACGGUCACAAAGUGCACCUAAACAAAGGCCAGAGUUGGAGAGGCAACCAAGUCGUGGGAGAAGACCGUCUGUUGAAGGACGGAAUAUACCAAAGGGUGCCAAGAUGCAGCGUUCCUCCUCCCAAAUAGGUUCUGCUGCACAAAAGUACAAUUAUCCGUGGUCAGUUAAGCUUGAUAAGUCCAGUGUUUCACUUAGAGAGAGUGAGUGUGGUUCCACUUGCUCCAUGGCUACUAACGCUUACUACUGCAGAUCGGUUGUAUCAUUUGAUCCAAGAUGCUAGAGUACUGAUGCUGUUUUCUUGCUAACACGCUCCAAUGUCAGAUUGGUUUAGUCACACAAGGAGAGCGCUCAGAAGAACAACUCUGCUAAAAGGUUGCUACAUCAUAAUUGUUUUCGUUUGGUGUUUGUCUUAUAAUUGAUUAAUUCUAAGGGAGUAUGCUACAUAUUAAAGUUUGCUUCUUUUUUUUUCUUCUUCUAAAUUUCACUGUACUGAAGUUAUUUGUAUUUGAUGUGUUCUUGGAUUAAUUAGUGAAGAAAAUCAACAAUUGAUGUGCAGAGAGUAAUAGCUAUUUGAGCUAUGUAUAGUUUCUAUAAGGUCCAUUUGGAUGCUUUAAGUGGUGAUUUCACACAAAAUUUUCCUAUACAUGUUUAUAUGAUUUUUAUUAUUAUUAUUAUUAUUAUUAUUAUUA